UAAAUGCAUGAAAAUAAACUACACAUGACUAGCACGAUAUGCGUCUCAUUUUCUGCGUGCGAAAAUUAUGUUUAAUGCCAUUUUUUAAUGCGAGUACAUUGUCGCACGAUGGUUGCACGUAUGUGAUGGUAAUGCGAGGCAUUUUGUGUGUUCGAAAGAGCACCUUAAAGUUUUACAUUACGUGACUUACGACAAUUUGCGUUUUGUGCGUGAAAAAGUGCACCUUUAAUGAGCGUUCUUCACACUAUUGGGACUAUUCACCCAUUAUCGAUCUAGCUGUCGAUGUAUCAACACGUCCUCGUGGUCGUUGUUGUUAUUUAGUUUGGUGAUAGUGGUGUUAACUGAAUAUUUGGAUUACAAGAAGUUUGUCAAAAAGGGUGUCUACUAACUAAUUCCGGGAAAAAUUUUAAUUAUGCUGUAAAGCAGUUAAUGACUGACGAACUUGUCAGUCAAUUUUCCUGGCCCGGAAGCAAAAAAAGUGAGAAAUUCGGAGACACUAAGAUUUCCAAUCUUCUGUUCGAAUCAGCGAGACAGUGUACUUUUUUUGUUGGGCCUCACAGUAUUUCUGAAUUUAAAAACGAGAUGCUCGAAGUGCUCCGAAUUACCAAACAAAGAUACAGGAAUAGGAAUAAUAACAAGAAACAAGAAGAAAAUUUUGAAGAAAUGGAUUCGGAGGAUAUAUUAGAAGAAAUUAAGCGGUUACAGGAAUUGGAUCAGGUCAAUGAUGUAGAUGAUAUUUCUGCAAAUGACGGGGACGACGAGAUAGUCUCUGAUGACACAGUAUAAUGUGAGUUCCCAAAAUUUGGUUGGUACAAAUUUUUAAAAUUGUACCCUUAUUUUAAAAAAAAUUGUUUUAUUUAAUUUGUAAAAUUCGUCAUCUAAUGAUGACAGUUAUAAUUGUUUGAUAGUCUCUGACGACACAGUAUAAUGUGAGUUCCCAAAAUUUGGUUGGUACAAAUUUUUAAAAUUGUACCCUUACACUGAAAAAAAAGUUCAUUGAAUCAAGCAAAUGCAUUUUCUUAACCUAAUUUACUUGAAACAAACCCAUAUUUUCUUAUUGGAAGAAAUUUAUUUUCUUGUGUCAAGUAAUUUUGAGCAUUGAUCGAAGUUAUUGGAAUAAGAAAAUAUGGGUUUGACAUAAGUAAAUA